GGGGGCGGGGCUGAACUGAGCCAGGGUUUAUCCAGGGGUGAGGGCGGGAUUAGCGGCACGGAAUGGAGUCAGAGUUGCCGCCAGGCCUGGGCGAUGGGGAGAGCCGAGACCGGGAGCGGCCUUUCGGGAUCCUGCGGCUUCAGGAUGAACGGAGCCCAGGCUCGAGAGGCGGGCAGGGAGCUGGAGCCGGUACUGAGCCCACCUGGCAGGCUCCCAUCUUCGCCUUCGCCCGGAAAGCAUCAGAAACCUUCUCGGCCGCAGGUCCGGCAAGAGACCCGGUAGUGGAGGAGGCUUCACGGGGGUUAAAGGACCCAAUGGCCAUUGAGAGAACGAAUCUCCUCAAUAUGGCAAACCUCAGCAUCAAGGGACUAAUCGAAUCCGCUCUGAGCUUUGGGCGGACCUUGGACUCAGACUAUGCCCCGUUGCAACAGUUCUUUGUGGUGUUGGAACACUGCCUGAAGCAUGGACUAAAAGUGAAGAAGUCAUUCCUGGGUCAGAACAAGUCAUUGUGGGGGCCCCUGGAGCUGGUGGAGAAACUUUGUCCUGAGGCCACCGAGAUUGCAGCCAGUGUUCGGGACCUGCCUGGGUUAAAGACCCCUUUGGGCAGAGCUCGUGCAUGGUUACGACUUGCCAUGAUGCAGAAGAAGCUGGCGGAUUAUCUGCGUUGCAUGAUUAUCAGGCGGGAUCUGUUCAGUGAGUUUUAUGAGGAGCAUGCGGUGAUGAUGGAAGAAGAAGGGGCAGUGAUUGUUGGACUGCUUGUCGGACUCAAUGUCAUCGAUGCUAACUUGUGUGUCAAGGGAGAAGACCUGGAUUCACUGGUUGGAGUCAUUGACUUCUCCAUGUAUCUGAAGAAUGAUAAUGACAGCAACGGAUGCAUUGAAAGAGAUGGACAGAUUGCUGCGAUUCUGGAUCAGAAGAACUAUGUGGAAGAACUCAAUCGACAGCUGAGUUCAACAGUUGGCAGCCUGCAGGGCAGAGUUGACUCACUUGAGAAGGCAAACUCUAAACUAAUUGAAGAGUUGGCAAUUGCUAAGAACAGCAUAAUUCGAUUGCAAGAAGAGAACGUUCAGUUUCGCAAUGAAAAUAUCCAAAUGUUAAUGAAAACCCAGCAACAUCUGGAGCUGGUGAAACUGGAUGUGUCUGCGGAGCUGGAGACCUACAAGGGCACCAGGCAGGGACUGGAUGACAUGUUCACUGAGGCCCGGCGACAGCUGAAAGAGGAGUCACGUAUGCGGCAGGAUGUGGAGAGUGACAUUUUGGUACAGAUAAACAUGAAGCAGGAGAUGGAGCUGGCCAUGAAACUGCUGGAGAAAGAUAUCCACGAGAAGCAGGAUGCACUGAUUAGCCUUCGGCACCAGCUCGAGGAGGUGAAAGCUAUUAAUGUGGAGAUGUUUCAGAAGCUUAAGGGUUCUGAAGAUGGCUUGAAGCAGAAAAGUGAGAUGAUGACUCGGCUGGAAGAGAAGACCAACCAAGUGACAGCUGCAAUGAAACGGAUGGAGCAAAGUGACAAAGAUUUAUUAGAUCAAACACGAACUGUUGCAAUUUCUUGUCUGAAGUGUGUUGGUAGAGAGAAUAACAUUUAGAAUUUCAUUGCAAACUAAUUCCUAACUGAAUUAAAGGUGUAACUUUAGUGUGUUCAGUGGACAUUGAUAGAAUACAGAUUACAAAAGGGAUGGAAUGUUCUUCCAAACAUAGGGUUAACUUGUGUCUCAUCUGCCUUUAUGUAUUGAUUUCAAGAACUGCUCCUUCUUGCCCCCUCAGUCCCUCAUUUUAAUACCAAAGCCUUUAUCUUUUUUAUCCCUUUGCACUCUUACUUCCCACACACCCCUUGCUCCCAUUCUCCCCGUUCCCUUCCAAGCUUCAGCAGCCCUGCCCAGCCAAGCCACCACCCUAUGCGUCCCAAAUCAACCCAAACAGUCUUGCUGUGCCUCCACCCCUGCUGUCUUGCUCGCCAUUGUGAUCCCUUCUCACACUUGGCUUCACAGCUGUCCCCCUUCCUCUUCUCACCUCGUGGAGUUUGUCCUUCUCAGCUUGCUUUCCUUCUACUUUUUAUAUCAUCAGCCGAUCUUAUUUUUAUUGUUUCUUUUAAAACCCAGAAGUCAUUAAUAAAGGAUAUAAAUUGGUAAAGAUUAAAGUCGAAGCCUCAAGGCUCUACACUAGAUACAGCCUGCCAUAUUGAAAAUAACCUAUUUAUUUCUGCCUCUAUUGUUCUUAAUCCCCUGUCUAAUGGCAAUUUCCACUUGUAAGGCCUCCAACGCCAUUCACAGGAGCACUAUACAGGUAAAUUAGACAGUGUCCCAUAAAUGGAGAUAGUGGGCUGGUGACUGUGAACUUGGUCAAGGUGGUGCUUUGAGGCACCUUUUUUAAAGGUGCAGGAAGGGCAUUCCAAAUCCUCGGUCCAGGGUACUGAAGCCAUGGAUACAGUAGAGUAAAAAUAUAUUGACAAGUUGGGCAUGUGGGCUGAAGGAGAUUACUGAUACGUUGAGAGGGGUGAGACUACAGGUUGAGUUGAAAACAAGGCUGAGGUUUUUAAUGCUAGAUAGGGACAGAUUUGGUGUCAGUAAAGGAAACAUAGAUUAUCUCAAGUUUGUGAAGUAGAAAGUGAGUUACUGGGAGGGAGUGUAUUGGAAUGUGGAGGUCACAGAAGCAUGGGUGAGAGUUCCAGUGGGGGAUUAACAGAUGAAGUCUGGUGAUACAAACAGUGGAAAUACAACAUCUUGUUCAGAUGUUAAUGUUGUGAAUAGUUUGGUGCAGCCUUAGUUUCCAGGGAAAGGGAUGGUUUCAGUGGCUGCUGAAUGAAGCUUGUCAGACGGACUAAAGGCAAUCGUUUUACCAUCCUUGUAUUUAUUUGGAGGAAAUUUCUGCUUACCAACAGUAGAUGUUGAAUAAUUUGAGUGAGAGUGGAGGAAAUGGAGCGGCAUGGUGUCUGUGGCUAGCACUGCUGCCUCACGGUGCCACGGACCUGGGCUCGGUUCCAGCCUUGGGCAACUGUCUGUGUGGAGUUUGCACGUUCUCCCUGUGUCUGUGUGGGUUUCUGCUGGAUGCUGUGGUUUCCACAGUCAAGAUGUGCUGGUUAGGUGGAUGGGCCAUGCUACAUUGCCCAUAGUAUCCAGGGAUGCGUAGGAUUAGCCAAGGGAAAUGCAGGGUUACUGGGACUGGGUGGGGGUGAGAGUCAGUGUGGACUUGUUGGGUCGAAUGGCCUGUUUCCAUGCUGUAUGGAUCACAUGAAUCAAGUAAUGGUCAUGAGGUUGAGCUUGGUGUUUGUCAAGACUUUCUCUUGGGGUUUGAGUGUCUUAGGAACUCUCUUCCUCAGGUCUACUCCUGUUUCGUAUGUGUUGGCAUACAUGCGGGAAACUACUGUUAACUUUGUCUCCCAGGGCAACAUACAGACAAGAAGUAGGAGGGAUCCAAGGAUCAGUCCUUGAAUGUCAGAGCUAAUAGUUUGAAGAGGAGAAGCUAUUGCAAAUGAUAUAUCUGUGUUAAAACAUUACUGCCAAGCCAGGGAACCUUGUGUAAUAAUGCUAGUGAUGAAUUUUCACAAGGUAUUCAAUACCAUCAUGCUACAUCCUUGUACCAGUUCUGCUUAUUACAUCUUUGACAUUGCAAAUAGACUAACUGAGCAGUAUUUACCACCUUUAUAAAUCAACACUUGAAUUCUAUGUGGUUUAUUACAAUAAUGAAUUCCAGCACUUACCUGAACACAUGGAAUUUAUUUUUACUCUCUGCCGCCUUUUCUGUUACAUCUGCUACCUUUCAGACCUCUAGGAACCUUGAAUGUGUUUGGAAAUAGCUGUCGCAUAUAGAUUGUAAAGGUCUAAGGGAAUUUCAUCAUAUUUUAAACCCCUUGAUCUUUGCAGUACAUCUUCCUGACCAAUAUUUAAACACAUUAACUUCAUUAUUCUCAAUUAACACUUGCUUCCCCACAAUUUCUACAUGUUCUUUGCGUUAAAGACCCACUUUUAAUUGUUGUGGCCAUUUCACUGUUGUAGAUUAUAAAUCCUUCUGCCUCAGAAGGAACCCACAGUUGCUCCAUGUUCGUUUGUGUUUUUUUAAAAAUUAUUUGUAGGCCUAUUUAACAAUCGCUGUUUUUAAAUUUCUUCACUCUAUUCUCAUUGUAUAUUAGACUACUUCUGUCUUUCUGGCCAUCCUUUGGCUUUAAAACACCCAAUUUUCAAGCUCAUUGCUUCAUUUUCAUGUUUUAGGCUUUCUCCUUUAAUCAAAUGAUAUUGAGCAUUUAUAAUUGGCUGUAAAUGAAUAAUUUCAGCUGUGCAGUUUUUUUCCUUCAGGAUCUCUAUUUCCAGCGCAUCAUCUGCACAGAUCUGUACUACUUGUGUGACUAUGCAAUUUUUCCCCCCUCAUGCGUAUUGUUCUCAUCUCCAUGUGUGUCUCUCUUUUCCCACUCAAUUCCUCAGUUAUCUUUGCUGUGCUUGGCAGAACAUUCCUGCUCCCCAGUUCGAUCUUUCUUUAAACUCCAUCCUCUUGCAAUUGUCUGGGAACCCUUGCUUCCAAAACCCCAGGACUGUCACCCCUCUCCAUUCUUCAUCCUCCUUAAACUGUCAUUGUCUACUUUGCACCUUUUUAGUGUUUUCCCAGCUCAUCAUCAGUCCUGCUGUUUCUUGGGCUGGAUUGCUGUUUCAGAUCUUAUGUUGGGUUCCCUUCUGUGAUUGACUGCCCUUUAUAGUGGUGAUACUUGGUGAGGCACCUCUGGGACUGGUGCCUUUGAACCAGCCUACUCCUUUCUGAAAAAAGCCAGCAUAUCAGUGGAAAUAAAUGACUGAGACCACCAGGAUUGAAUAAAGUCUGAAAGGAUCAGUGCUUGAGCUGGAUUGUGAUGUGAUGUGGGGUAACAUGGAUUUGGUUCAGGAUUUCUGCAACCUGCAGAUUGAUAGGAAACUCAGUAUUGAGACAAUGUGUUUUAGAGCUGUAAGCAAUUUUGUAUUAUUAAAAUCCCUUCAAUGGGAGCUUGAUUCUUCUGUGUAUUGUGUAAGGUGCAGCUAGCCAUAAGCGAGAUCAGUAUGCUGUCAUUUCCUGGUUAAUUUUCACAUUCCCUGUGAUCGCAGUGCUAUCAUCUGACUUUCUGAUCUUUUGUUGGACCAGUAACAUUACUGUGUUCAAUAUGUUGGAAAAUACUGGUUGUUCUUUCAUUUAAGGUGUCAUUAAAAUUAUAAAUCAGAAAUCCUGUUGUAUGCAUUUUGAUUGAGUUUGCUAAGCUGGGAUCAAUUCCCAACUGUUUAAUUUGCUGAUGCUUGUCUCCUGUUUGUUUGCCUUUUUUGUUUUUUGCUUUAUUUUCCACCCCUCGCCCUUUGAGCAUCGGUUUU